CGGUGUAGGAGAAGGCAGUGUCAGUGAUGUGGCCGUACCUCGCGGUGGCUGGGCUCGCCACAGCGUGUUAUACCAACGCCUUGUACGGCGAGUUUGUGCAUGAUGACGUGGUCGCCGUCAGUCGCAACCCUGAUGUCUUGGGCUCGUCCAGUGUCUAUCAGCUGCUGAGGAACGACUUCUGGGGCACGCCUCUCGUCGACCCUCGCAGUCACAAGUCUUACCGCCCUCUCACUACUCUCACAUUCAGACUCAACUACUGGCUGUGUGGACUCCAGCCAGCCUCAUACCAUGGUCUCAACCUUGCGCUGCAUGUGACCUGCUGUCUGCUGUUUACCAGAGCGGCGCUGGUCGUGGCUGGUCUGCAGGCAGGAUUCGCCACAGUCGCUGGUCUAUUAACAACAUUGUACUUGUUACAGACUCAACUACGGGCUGUGUGGGCUCCAGCCAGCCUCAUACCAUGGUCUCAACCUUGCGCUGCAUGUGGCCUGCUGUCUGCUGUUUACCAGAGCGGCUCUGGUCGUGGCUGUUACAGACUCAACUACUGGCUGUGUGGACUCCAGCCAGCCUCAUACCAUGGUCUCAACCUUGCGCUGCAUGUGGCCUGCUGUCUGCUGUUUACCAGAGCGGCUCUGGUCGUGGCUGGUCUGCAGGCAGGAUUCGCCACAGUCGCUGGUCUGCUCUUCGCGGCUCACCCGAUACAUACCGAAGGGGUUGCUGGGAUUGUAGGGCGAGCCGAUGUCCUGGCUUGCUUUUUGUUUCUUCUGUCCUUUCUCAUUUACCACGAUGAGGGGUGGAGGUUACCUGGAGGUAGCAGUGGCAAGGUAGCAUGUAGCUGUGUCAUGGCAGCUUUGUCCAUGUUAGCCAAGGAGACUGGUCUGACCGUGCUGCUAGUCAACUUAGGCUACGAUCUCUACAAGUGUUGGCCUCACGUCAAGAGGGUUGUUGCGGAAGCGCGCUGGAACGAGGAAAGCCUGUUAUUCGCCCGCAGGACGGCUAAAAUACUCGUAGCGACGAGUAUGCUGUUGGCGUUUCGGCUGGCAAUGUUGCAGGGAGCUUUACCUAAGUUCUCCAGCCAAGACAAUCCUGCAGCCUUUCACCCUUGUCCGUACGUCAGGCUCUUGACGUUCUGCUACCUAGCAGCGUUCAACUGGUGGCUUCUAGUAUGUCCUUCUACCCUCAGUCAUGACUGGCAGAUGGGAUCCAUCCCUCUCGUGACGUCACUAGCAGACUGUCGCAACCUGACCACGGCGCUGUUUCUUACCUGUUGUGUACUCAUCGCCUACCGCUGCGCCGCUGACUUCGAGGCGCAAAGGCACGCUCCACUGGUGUUAGCAGGUUUACUAUUGGCAGCUCCAUUUCUACCAGCUACUAACCUCCUCUUCACUGUCGGCUUCGUCGUCGCCGAGCGGGUCCUCUAUAUGCCUAGUUUGGGAGGAGUGCUGCUGGUAGCGUACGGAGCCCAACAGCUACACGGCUGGUGUGGUCCUCGACCACGCCGUCGACUGUUCCUGCUGCUGGGGCUGCUGCUGCUGGUGACGUCAUUCUCCUGCAGGACCUUCGUCAGGAAUAACGACUGGGCGACAAGGGAGUCACUUGUCAGGGCUGGAAUCAAAGCUCUACCUCACAACGCUAAGAUGCACUACAACCUGGCAAACUACCUACGGGACACCAACGUUCCAGACCUCGCUAUCACACAUUACAAGGAGGCAAUCAGGUUAUGGCCGCGUUAUGCGAGCGCUCACAAUAAUCUGGGCACGCUGAUGAGUUCUCCAAACGAAGCCGAGAAUCACUUUCUGUCUGCCAUUACGAUCUCGCCAUCCCACGUCAAUGCGCACUAUAACCUCGGUCAGGUCUACAGGAAGAUGAACCGCACGAUGGAGGCGGUGACGAUGCUAGAGAGAUGUCUGAGGCUGGACACGUCAUACAGCCCAGCAUACCUGGUCCUCGCCAAGCUCAGGUCUCCACCAAUAGCAGCUCGACUGUUGUAUCACGUGACCCAACUAACGAUUCUGUUGAAUGUUCAGGAAGAUGAACCGUACGAUGGAGGCGGUGACGAUGCUAGAGAGAUGUCUGAGCUCGACUGUUGUAUCACGUGA